GUCGCUCGGUGCGGCCCAAAGCCGCAAACGCGUGCACAGUCGAUAAAACACAUUCGAAUCGAACGUUAGCAGCGAGCGCUGGCCACGAUCGCGACGACGACGAAGGCAACGACGACAACGACGACGAAGAGGGCAACGGUGACGGCACUUUGAUUGCAAUUUUCAUUCAUAUCCAUUCAUGCGAACAUAUUGCGACUGCUUCUUGGCGCUGGUCUCUGUGCCUCGGCCGUUGUUUUUGAAAGCUCCGGCGGCACUUUCUUCUUUCAUUGUGUGCGCUCGAUCCUUUUGGCUCUGGCAAAGAAACGCGUGGCAGCUUUCAUUUUCGAUCGAUAGCGAACCGGUUCGGACUAAACGGUUAAUAUUAUUACUUAAUCCAGCUUUCAUGCAAUCGCCAUCCUGCCAGCCAUGAGAUUGCUGCGUCUGGGCCUGGAUUUCGUCAUGGUGGCUCUGCUGCUGCGCCAGGUGCUGGCCACCAUAAGACAUUCGCGCGAAAUUAUUAUCACAGAUGCGGUGCGCCGCAUACAGCACGAUGGCUACAAUGUGGAGCAGCACAGGGUAAUAACUAAGGAUGGGUAUGUGCUGACCCUACAUCGCAUACCCCAAGUCCAGCUGGAUGCGAAUGGAACGUUCUACACCGUACUGCGACGCCCUGUGGUAUUCUUGCUCUCCGGCCUCUAUGCCUCGUCGGAUGUGUGGCUGCUCAACGGACGGGAGGACUCACUGGCCUAUUUACUGUGGCGCGCUGGCUACGAUGUGUGGCUGGGCAAUAAUCGCGGCAACAUCUAUUGCCGCCACAAUCUGUGGCUCAACACGACAGAUCGCGAGUUCUGGAACUUUAGCUGGCACGAGAUGAGCGUCUACGAUAUGCCCGCCCAGAUUGACCAUGUGCUGCGCACUAGCGGCGUAUCGCAGAUGCAUUUCGUGGGCAUCUCGCAGGGCGGUACAGUGUUCCUGGUGCUCAACUCCAUGCUGCCCCAGUACAAUGCGGUCUUCAAGACGGCCACGCUGCUGGCUCCGGUUGCCUAUGUGGACAAUACGCAAAGUGGAUUGGCGAAAAUUAUCGGACCGAUCUUGGGCACGCGCAAUUAUAUCUCCAAGAUCCUCGAGGGCGUUGAGAUGUUCUCAACGAACAAGUUCUUUAAGAAGUUUCUGUCGAUGACCUGUCUGGACAAUGAAAAGCCUUUGGUGUGCAUCACCCGGCUCUGGCCAGCGGUAGGCUAUGAUACGCGCUUCCUCAACAAGACGCUGCUUCCGGAUCUGAUGGCAAACUUUCCGGCGGGUGGUUCCGUGAAGCAGCUGAUGCACUAUUUUCAGGGAUACGUGUCUACCAAAUUUCGACAGUACGACUACGGCCCGGAACUCAACUGGCUGCACUAUCAGCAGCUGGAGCCACCGGAGUAUGUACUGGAAAAUGUGAAGACGCCGGUCACAAUUUUCUUUGCGGAGAACGACUAUAUUGUGGCACCAGCGGAUAUCUGGCGUCUGGUCGCACGUCUGCCCAACGUCGAGGCCGUCUACAAGGUACCCUGGAAGCGCUGGAAUCACUUUGACUUUAUCUGCGGUCUGGGUGUACGCGAAUACAUCUUCGACAACAUUGUGCUCUCCAUGAAUCGAUAUGAGCAGCGCCGCAGGCGUUGAUCAAAAAGUCCCACAAAAUGAAUGUUUUUCUGUGCUGCAAGAGUCAAGUGAUAUGAUACUAAACAGGCUCUCAGAUUUUCUCUUGAAAUCAUAUCGCUUAACUCUCCCAACAGAAUGGUGGCCAUAGAGUAUUAUAUGCCAGGGACCUUCAGCCACAACUUCUACCAGUGCCAAAUACUUAACUAAGAAUAUAUAUUGAAUCCAUGGUUGAUUCUUUGUAAGAUAUUACCUGCGGAUAUACGUACUGAUUAAUAAAUAUAUUAUUUAUAGUUUCGA